AUGGCUAAUGCAUUCAGAGGCACUCUGUUCCGACAGAGACUUGACAAUGUGCUGGCUUCUUUUGCGCGUUCUGCUGUGAGACACGAGGUGGCUUCUCUGCCACCCAGCACGGAACAAGAGGUUGCAAGCAACACAUUGCUGCUGCGAGAGUGUUCCUUGGGGCUGACGGAAGAUCAGGUUGCGUUGACAUUGCAAAUGCUGAAUACGGACUGGUGUCAGCCAUUGGAACAUGGAGAGCCUCUGCGCCAUUAUUGUGAACCUGGAUGUUGCGCGAGUGCGCGGGACUUCCGCAAGAGGAUGCGCCUUGUCCUGGAUGGGCUCUUCGCCCAUCUGUUUGCCUGUCCUUUGCUUUACAGGUGGAAAAACUUUGAUGAAGCUUGCACAUUUGUGGCACGUGGCAUGGUCAUCCGGGGUUUGCUGAAGCACAUUUGGGGGCUUUGCAAGCAAGAUGCCGCAGAUAGUCUGGAAGACCUUGUGGCGCUUCAAGCUUUGGAUGAAGACAACCCAGAUAUGAAUCCCAGCCUCCGGCAACAGAUUCGUGUAGCCAAAGUUAUGGGCCUUUUGUCGGAGCCUGACGCAGCAGCCCGCUUUCUGAAGACCUUGUUGGUGUCUCGUCCUCUUACAUCCUUCAUGGACAAGAUGAGUUUUUUGGAGACGUGCCGAUCCCGGUUUCGUCUGCGCAUGCGUGGCCUCCAGUUGCCGCACAGCAAGUGCACGCAUUCUACGCUAGAUGACAUUGUUGGCUUGGCUCUACUUUAA